AUGGUGGAUAAAGCUGCAUUUGAGAACUCUUUUGGUUUUGUGCUAGUGAAAUCAGAUAAGGAACGAUAUGUGGUGAAAUGUCAAGAUAAAAGGUGUGAGUGGAAAUUACGAGCUGCAAAGGUACUAAAUACACGGUUUUGUUUCUCAAUUAGAACGCACCACAAGAUGCAUACAUGCUCCCGGGCUAGUCAGAGUACAGUAAAGAAGAGGAAAGGCACUCCAGAUUUAGUUGCAUGUUUAUUGCAUGGAGAUUAUCCAGGAUCAAUGGAGACACCAAAUCCUGGAACUAUCCAGAAGCUUGUUCAGACCAGAUUUGGUGUGAAGAUAUCCUACUCCACGGCGUUGAGAGGGAAAAAUCGUCAUGCUUAUGAUCUGCGUGGUGAUCCAGGAGAGAGCUACAAGAAAUUGUAUUGUUAUUUGCAUAUGCUAGAGAAGGUGAACGAAGGUACAAAGACAAGUGUGAAAUUGGAUGAAGCCGGAAAAUUCAUGUACCUAUUCAUUGCUUUGGGAGCUACCAUUGAAGGGUUUCAAUGUAUGAGGAAGGUGAUAACUGUGGAUGCAACGCAUCUGAAGAAUGGGUAUCGUGGUGUGCUAGUCUUUGCUUCAGCUCAAGAUCCUAAUAGGCACAACUAUCCCCUAGCGUUUGGUGUACUUGAUAGUGAGAACAAUGAUAGCUGGAAUUGGUUUUUCGAGUUGCUGAAAUCUGUUAUACCAGACUCGUCCGAAUUGGUGUUUAUGACUGACAGAAAUGAGAGCCUCAUCAAUGCCGUAGCUUAUGUGUAUCCAAGGGCUCAUCAUGGGUAUUGUGUAUGGCAUUUGUCUCAAAAUGUGAAGGAUCAUGCCUUUAAUGUCAACAAAGGCGUGGUUUCAUUUUAUUUCAGGGAGAUGAGCAGGCAUUACACGGUGGCUGCGUUUGAGGCGGCUUACAGUUCAUUUGAAGCGAGAUUUCCUUCUGCAGCUGCGUAUCUAGUAAAGACUACGAACAAUAGGAAGGAAACUUGGGCAAGGGUUCAUUUUCCGGGAGUAAGGUACAACCUAGACACAAGCAACUGUGUGGAGUCUUUAAACAGUACUUUUAGGCCUGCAAGGAGAUACGCCUUGAUACCCAUGCUUGAUGCGAUUAUUGCACAAAUUUCUAAAUGGUUUAAUGAACAUCGGAAGGAGGCCGCUGCUGGAUCAGAAGCGCAUAAGUUGGUACCUCUGGUGGAAAACCUAAUGCACGAUAUGUGGAAGGAGGCUGAGAAAUUACAUGCGACGGAGUUAAACAGUUUCGAGCUUCUUUAUGAUGUAGUAGCUAAGAAAUCCGACGGCACCGCUGACCCAGAGAGUAAGAAUUACAGUGUGGACUUAAUCAGGAAAAGUUGCAGUUGCAGGGUGUUUGAUUUUGAGAAGAUUCCUUGUGUCCACGCACUAGCCGCUUUCAUGGAAUUCAACACCAGCAAUGUAGAUAGUUCUCGAUAUCCUAUGCAAUUGAUUGAGCUGGUCUCACAUUAUUACUUGAUCGAGGUGUGGCAAUUGGCGUAUUGGAGGACGAUUUUUCUCGUGCCUCAUGAAUCGGAAUGGAAGGUCCCUGAAGACGUGAAGGCAAAGAAAAUCAUACCGUUGCAACCUAUCCCGAAAAAGGGAAGAAAGAGAACGAAGAGACUUUUUGGUCCCGGAGAAUACCGGCGUCCAAGGACAGCAAACAAAAGGCGGAAAAGACAAGGAAUCGUGUGGGGGGCCUAG